AUGGGAGGAGCUUCCUGCAGGGAACAGGUGAGGGAGGAGCUGAGGAGGGGUGGGGGGGGGCGAGGAAACCUGAUGUCAGCUGAUCGGAUCCGGAAAAUCACCGUCAGACAAUUUGGAUUCACCGUCCUGAGCCUCGCCCGCCGAGGACUCAAGGAGCCUCCAGAUGAAUUGUGGGAGUUGUUGGAGCUGCAGAAGUUGAACCUCUCUCUGAAUUCUCUGAAGUCACUUCCUGCUCCGCUCGCUCAGCUCAGAAACCUGGAGGUGCUCAACCUGUGGGGGAACCAGCUGAGCAGUCUGCCUCCAGAGAUCGGAGAGCUGAAGAAACUCAGGGUUUUAUUCGCCUACAGAAACCGCCUGAUGGAGGUUCCUGAAGAACUGGGAUCCUGCACCCAGCUGGAGGUCCUGAGUCUGGCCAACAACCAGCUCUCCUCUCUGCCGGCGUCUCUCUGCAGUCUGACCCGACUCAGGAAGCUGAACCUGAGUCAGAACCAGAUGUUACACCUGCCGGGGGCCGUGUACAGCAUGAAGGCUCUGGUGUUCCUCCACCUGUCCGGGAACCGUCUGGAGAACCUGGCGGAGAACCUCCAGUCUCUGACGGAGCUGAAGAUCCUCAUCGUCGAGGGCAACAACCUCCACUCUCUGCCCAAAGCCCUCUGCUGCCUCAACAGGCUGGAGCUGCUGAAUCUGGACUUUAACGACAUUAAAGACGUCCCUCAGGAGCUGCACCAGUUGUGUCGGUUGGAGAGGUUGGCGUGUCACCCUCUGGAUAAAGGACUUCAUAUUGUUCACAACCCUCUGAUAAAACCAGUGAAGGAGGUGCUGGAGGGGGGGCUGAGCAGCCUGUACAGCUACCUGAGGAACACCUAGAGGGGGCGGGGCUUAGAGGGGGCCUCAUUUGCAUAUUUAAAUACUAAAAAAUGAUUGUCUUAAUAUCAGAAAUACACCUGAUACUCCACUACAUACUGAUAUACACCUGAACAUCAGCAGGAGAGGACUCUUUAAAGUAGAGACACUACAUACUGAUAUACACCUGAACAUCAGCAGGAGAGGACUCUUUAAAGUAGAGACACUACAUACUGAUAUACACCUGAA